UAGUACAAGCGUGGUAAACAAGCUGAUUUGCCGCAUAUCAUAACCUCAUCACUCAUUUGAUACGAAACAUUCUCAAUUUCGAAGUGGAAAUGAUCUAAAUUACGUGCAUGAAGUUCCAAAUUGUCGUCAACUUCUACGCUCUACAUAAACCCACAAUACGCUGAGCCUUGAAGACAGCGGUGGACAUGUUUAAGAACACUUUUCAAAGCGGCUUCUUGUCUAUCCUGUACUCCAUCGGCAGCAAACCAUUGCAAAUAUGGGACAAAAAGGUGAAAAACGGUCAUAUCAAACGCAUCACCGACGAAGACAUUCAGUCACUUGUGUUGGAAGUUAUCGGUUGCAAUGUCAGCACUACAUAUAUCACUUGUCCAGCUGAUCCAAGAAAAACUCUUGGUAUAAAACUACCUUAUUUGGUGAUGAUUGUCAAGAAUCUAAAGAAGUAUUUUACUUUUGAAGUACAAAUAUUAGAUGAUAAAAAUGUAAGAAGGCGAUUCCGUGCCAGUAAUUAUCAGUCAACAACACGUGUGAAACCGUUUAUUUGCACGAUGCCGAUGCGUCUGGACGACGGCUGGAAUCAGAUUCAAUUCAAUGUGGCCGAUUUUACACGUAGGGCUUAUGGUACAAAUUAUGUGGAGACACUGAGGGUGCAAGUGCAUGCCAACUGCCGGAUUCGACGCGUUUACUUUUCCGACAGACUGUAUUCAGAAGACGAAUUGCCUUCGGAGUUCAAAUUGUUUUUGCCCAUUCAAAACAAGUCCAAGACUGUGGCGCAAUGCUGAGUAACUUAACAUUAUCAUCAAUCUCUAUUAAAGAUUGACAAACAAGGUAAGAAUCGAUUCGUAUCGAAGUCGUAUUCAACCAAGUGCACUUUAAAUUAUUUAUUACACAAAUAAUAAAUAUCGCAACUCAAGUUUAAGAAUAACUGAAUAAAAUCGAGUGAUGAAUGAAGAAAAUGAUUUUACACAACGUCAAAGUCAUGUACUAGUAUAAAUAUUAAAAUAACUCACCAAUUAUUAAA